UUAAAUAUGAUUAGUUUGAUGAUAACGAUGAUCAACUAAAUCGGAAAUAAUGAUGAUAAUGAUUAGCUUGAUUGUUGUGGUAUUGCUCAUAGUGAACUUAAUAAUUUAGCUUGAUUGUUUAAUAACAAUUUGCCUCUUCACUUUCUUUUGCUCAAUUAAUUAACCAACUUGGUGAUUCUAAACAACAACAAUGAUCAACAUCCGUUUUCAAGCAAUAUAAACUAAAUCAAAUAAAAUUGUAGUGUAACCAUUAAAUUUGAAUUAGUUGAUAAAAUGUUAGUCAAUUGUUAACAUGAAAGGACAUGAUAAACCAAAUACUGGAUCAGUGUAACAAUUAACUUUCAACUGUUAACAACUUUUUUUGUUCAAGUGAUAAAAUAAGUUUUUGCUAUUUCAUAAUUGUUUCAAUUGAUAUAACAAUUUAAUUUAACAAUAAUCAAUAAAUAUAAUUGCUGAUUGUUGAUUUUAUCUUUGUGAUUGUUUGUGAUUUAAUCAUCACCAUGUUAAUUAAUAUGUUUUCUGUGGCAAUUAUUUGGAUUAUGUUCUCGUUGAUUAGUUCAACAAUUAGCUGGAGUGUUGAUGAUGGAGAUCCAAUUGUUAAUACUCGUUAUGGACAAAUUCGAGGUCGAAAAGAAUCAAUCAUCGGCUAUCAAAAUGACCUGAGGGUCACUUCAUUCAUUGGUAUUCCUUAUGCAGCUCCACCGAUUGGUGUUAGACGAUUUUCCGAUCCUAGAGAACCCGAUAAGUGGACUGGAAUCAUGGAUGCAACGAAUCGUCGGGUCAUGUGUCCUCAGGUCGAACAGCGAUUCAAGCUCGAAGUCGAUCCUCAAAUCGGUGAAUCUGAAGAUUGUCUUUACCUUAAUAUUCAAGUUCUUUCUAGGGGAUCAGCAACAGUUAACGCUCCAGUCUUGGUCUACAUCCACGGUGGGGAAUUCAAGUAUGGUGGGAAGGACUUUUACACCCUUGACAGUUUACCCCCCGGUGUUAAUAGUCUUGUCUUUGUAACAAUUAACUAUCGACUUGGACCAUUGGGUUUCCUCUCCGCUGAUUCCAAUAAUAUUCAUGGUAACUUUGCCCUUCGGGACAUGAUUAUGGCCCUUCGUUGGGUACAAUCAGAGAUCUCACAAUUUCAUGGUGACACCAAUUCCGUUGUCCUGGUGGGUCACGAUGCCGGUGCUAUUGCUGCCAAUAUGUUGAUGCUGGCGACUCACAAUACAGUUUUAUUUAAUGCUGUUGUUGCAUCGGGUGGGACUGUUUUCACCCCUUGGGCAUUUGAACAUCAGCCCGCUGUUAUUACUCGAGAUUUGUCUUAUGCGGUGGGUUGUGGUACUUCAGAUACCCUUCGAUGUCUCCGGUCUAAGUCUGUUUUUGAACUUCUUUCCGCUGCUCGAACCAAAGGUUUACACUUUAGGCCAACCAUUGAUCGUAAUCUUAGUCUACCUCUGUUCCGUGAUGAUCCCGAGAUUCAGUUGAAAAAUGGCUUCUUUACUCGAGUACCUUUUAUUGCGGGUAUUUCAGAGCAAGAAGGUGCCCUUGAUUAUUAUCGUAAUUAUCGAGCCCUCUUGGGAAUUUCGGAUAAACAGGAGAAAAUUCGCUAUUUGAUUGCCCCGUUUGUCCGUCGUUAUGCCAACCUUAACGUUCUUGCCGCAACCGCUCAUUAUCAGUACUUCCCAGAGGAAGAGGCUCGAAUGGGUCGACAAUCGGGCGAAAUGAUGUCGAGCGGUAAACAAUUAACAACCGCACAAACAGAUGAACGUCUUAUUCAGAUGCUCGGUGACUUUUUGUACAAUCUUCCCGCCGAAAAAGCGUUACUACUUCACUCAAAUUACAAUAGUCCAAGUAAAUUUUUCGUUUACGAAGAUAAAUCAUCUCGACCAACCUUUGGUAUGCUUCAGAAAAAUCUUCCAGCCGAAGUGACCAGAGAUAAGUUCAGGGCCACUCACAUGGACGAUAUCCUUUUACUAUUCAAAACCGUUUACACUUCCCAAUAUUCUGACCUUAGUCCAGGUUCAAAUAGUUUACUUUCGUGUAUUUUAGCUGCCAUUCACGAUAAAGGUUCACCUUGUAGUUGGCAUGAUUACAGGUCAACUGCCCGUUCUUACCUGAGAAUUUUAAGAACCGGCCAAGGGGCGGCCGAAAAUUUCCGCUCUGAAAGGUUAAUCGCUUUCUGGAAUCACCUUUUCUCCACCAUCGAAGCAUCAACCGUAGUUAUCCCGCCGUAUUUUCCCAUCGCUGAAUUUCAAUCCUACCAAGCGGCCACUUGGUCACUUACCGCUUUCGUGAUCAUCCUUUUGUUGAUCGCCAUUGGACUGGCUUCCGUUAUUUAUAUCUCUCGACGAAACGACAAAAGGUCACUCAAGUUAAUUCGUAAACGAAACGAGGAGUUCACCGAAAAAGGUGAUGUAGUUGAACGACUUUAAUUAAAUAAAUUGGAUCGCAAUCAUCAUCAUUAAUCAGCUGAUAACAAUCAUCUUCAUCUAAUUCAUCAACAAAUAAUCAUAAUCAUUUAAUCAUCGAAAAUUGAAUCAAAUCAUCUUGACGAUUUUUUGACAAAACUUUUUUUCUUCAUCGAAAUUUUUUUUGCUUUGUUUUUCUUUCUUUUGCCAAUUCACAAUAAUCAAAAAUCUGCCCACUAAUUGUAAUAAUUUUAUUUAAAUUAAUCAUCAUUACUAUUAACACAAUUAAUCAAUUUCUUAAUUAAAGAAUAAACUAAAAAUU